GCCAUGACACUGCGGCCUAUAAUGACCAACAGCCUGCAGGCGGAGGAGGCGGAGCUUCACCGCCUUCAGAGGGAAGAGGCGGAGCUUCACCGCCUUCAGAGGGAGGAGGCGGAGCUUCACCGCCUUCAGACGGAGGAGGCGGAGCUUCACCGCCUUCAGACGGAGGAGGUGGAGCUUCACCUCCUUCAGAGGGAAGAGGCGGAGCUUCACCGCCUUCAGAGGGAGGAGGCGGAGCUUCACCGCCUUCAGACGGAGGAGGCGGAGCUUCACCGCCUUCAGACGGAGGAGGUGGAGCUUCACCGCCUUCAGAGGGAAGAGGCGGAGCUUCACCGCCUUCAGACGGAGGAGGCGGAGCUUCACCAUCGGCAGCUGGAGGAGGCGGAGCUUCACCGCCUUCAGAUGGAGGAGGCGGAGCUUCACCGCCUUCAGGCGGAGGAGGCGGAGCUUCACUGCCUUCGGACGGAGGAGCUGGAGGAGGCGGAGCUUCACCGCCUUCAGAGGGAGGAGGCGGAGCUUCACCGCCUUCAGAUGGAGGAGGCGGAGCUUCACCGCCUUCAGAUGGAGGAGGCGGAGCUUCACCGCCUUCAGGCGGAGGAGGCGGAGCUUCACCGUCUUCAGAGGGAGGAGGCGGAGCUUCACCGUCUUCAGACAGAGGAGGCGGAGCUUCACCGCCGGCAGCUGGAGGAGGCGGAGCCUUGUGGAUAUGGUGGUUGA